UCGUUUGUGGACUUUGGGACUUUAUUAUUGUCUUGAUUGAGGACAUUAGGACUUAUUGUCAUUGACAGUCAUUCGUUUUUUACACUUAGCCUAUCAUGUCCGGCUGAUCCCAAAAAGCUAGGAGAAAUUAAAAAUGCAUACCAAACGAAAGUUUUGGUCUCAGGUGGAUAUGUUGAAAUAUGAGGGGCAGGCCUAUGUGAUCUCUGCAGAAUCUACACCCAUGGUGUCAUAUAACCUACUGUAGACACGGUCAGCCAGACACACACAUACACUGCCCCACUUCGCUGUGAGCGAUCAGCACAUUUCUUAUCGUCUGAAGGCAGCUAACGACCUGCGGUGAUCGGCUGUCAAUGAUUUAUCAAGGCGGAGAGCUUUUCUUAUUAGUACAGAGGAGUUUAAGCGGUCAGGAAGGGGAAACUGAGCCAUUAAAGACUCUUAACUCCCGAAACAUGAAGGCUUUAAACAAGGAAGAGCUGCAGAUCGCUGAAGGAGUUCUGCAGAAACACUUACCAAAGAGCAUAAAGGUAUAUGGUUUCCUAUAUGGGGUCAACAGGAACAAACCGAGCACCCUGGAGGUACUUGUUGAUACGUGGCCUGAUUUUAAGGUCGUAAUUUGCCGGCCUGACCCCAAGAACAAGCGCUCCCUGGAGUUCAUGCAGAAGGUGUCAUACUACAGCACGGAUGAACAGAGUUUAAGGAGAAUGCUGUCAGAGGAGGAUGCAAUUGACUGGAGCUCUUAUUUUAUUAUCGGAGGAUUUGACAGCGCCCAUACCCCCUUGAUCAAACAAGUGUCUGCUGACAGAGGAGUUAACAACCGCAGCUAUACUAUGGUGCAUCUUCUGUAUUUGCCAGACAGCAGCAGUCUGCUCACACCAGCAGUUGACAGUGAGCUUGAAUCAAGGAUUUCAUCUCUUAACCUUUCCCACGUUAACUUGGUGAAUAAAACCUGGAAGUUUGGAGGGGACAAGAAGGGUCACAAAUUAGUUACGAAACUCAUCAGCAACUUCCCGUCAUGCUGCAUCACUGACGGCCAGGGUCAGCCGCUCUCCUGGAUUCUGGUGUAUGAUUACUGCGCUAUGGGCUUAUUGUACACUCUGCCAGAGCACAGAGGGAAAGGCUACGCCAAAGUCCUGAUCGGCACCAUGGCCAAGAGACUCUUCGCUGAGGGCUACCCAGUGUACUGCUUUAUAGAAGAGGAGAACAAGGCCUCCUAUAAGCUCUUCAAAAACCUGGGUUUUACUGAGGACCCCUCAUACAGGGCAGUGUGGCUGGAGUUCAACUUUUGAUUUUGCAACCAUUGUGAUUUAAUGUAUAGCUGACCCAUAAACAUGUAAUGUUAUAAUGGUAGUACUAUAGGUGAAAGAGACAUUAACUGAUGCAAAAUCAUACACUUAUAAUGUCACCUUUUUCAUAGUAGGUGCAGGUGAGAUGGCCAGUGUGUUAAUUAAAUGUAUUUGAAAUACGUGAAA